AUGCCCGGCAAGACACCCCAUAGCAACGGGAACGAGCCCGUCGAGAAUGGUAUUAGGAGUAACCAGGACGUCGAUAUGAAGGAAGAUCUCAAGGGCAAAGGAAAGAAAGCCGCCAAGGACGGUGAUGAGGAGAUGACUGUUGUAGUCCCCAAGACAAGACCCGUCAAGUCCUCAGCACCCCCCGAUUCCGAUGGUGAUGUGGCAAUGGCCAACGAGGCUGAGGAUGCCGAGGGCGAGGUCAAAGUCGACCCCGUCGUGCAAACAGCUACAGACAUCAAGAACAACUUUGCCCUGCUGGAACGCGCCGUUGCCCAGUUCGAUGCCAGGUUUUCUCUUCGAGCCCUCCGAUCCAUCUCUCUGAUUCGCAAACGCCUCACUCCGGAUAUCAUCGCAAAGGUCAUAAUCGAGACUUUCCCUGCCACUGUAGUGUCUGGAAAUGCUGCCAAGGCCCUUCUCUACGCCAUCGAUCGCCAGGAUCUUCCCCUCGGUCGACCUCUUAAUGGCGAGGUGGACCACCUGGAGAACGAGCACGCAAAGGCUCCCACGAAAAACGGCGCAAAGAAGGAGCUGAAGGAGGUCAUCCCCGAGAUUGAUAUUUUCCUGGGCAUCCUUAUCCAGGUUUAUCUGUUCGAUUCCAAGCAGUACCAGCGCGGAGCUGAGUUCUCCAAGCACCUCUCGGACCGGAUCCAGAAGCUUAACCGCCGUACCUUAGAUUCCUUGUCUGCCAAGGUCUACUUCUACUUUAACCUCUUCUGCGAACAGCUCGACCCCCUACCGCCCUCUACCCAGUCGCCUAUUGUCGCUCUUCGUCCUACGCUGCUCGCCGCGCUACGGACCGCCGUGUUGCGCAAGGACAUCGAUACCCAGGCCACCGUGAUUGUGUUGCUCCUCCGAAACUACCUUCUCACGUCGCAUAUCUCCCAGGCCGAUCUGCUCGUCUCCCACACCCAGUUCCCCGAGAACGCCGCCAACAACCAGGUCGCGCGCUUCCUCUACUACCUUGGCCGCAUCCGCGCCAUCCAGCUGCGCUACGGUGAAGCUCAUACCCACCUAACUGCCGCCACCCGAAAGGCUCCCUCCAGUGCCUGCGCCGUGGGCUUCUCGCAGACCGCGACUAAGCUCCUUCUCGUCGUCGAGCUGUUGAUGGGCGACAUCCCCGACCGCGCGACUUUCCGCCAACCCACGCUCGAAGUUGCGCUCCAGCCCUACUUCCGCCUCGUCCAGGCCGUCCGCGUGGGCAACCUCGAGGACUUCGAGACCAUCAUCGCCGACCACGCCGACACUUUCCGCCGCGAUGGAACGUACACGCUCAUCCUGCGCCUGAGGCAAAACGUCAUCAAGACGGGCAUCCGCAUGAUGUCGCUCUCGUACUCGCGCAUCUCGCUCCGGGACAUUUGCAUCCGCCUACACCUCGGAAGCGAGGAGUCUGCCGAGUACAUCGUUGCCAAGGCGAUCAGGGAUGGCGUCAUUGAGGCAACCCUAGAUCGCGAGAGGGGUUUCAUGAAGAGUAAGGAGGUGGGUGAUGUGUAUGCCACGCGUGAGCCUGGAGAGGCUUUCCACGAGCGUAUCCGGGUGUGUCUAUCUCUUCAUGACGAGAGUGUCAAGGCAAUGCGAUUCCCUAUGAACCAACAUCGUCUCGAGCUGAAGAAUGCCCAGGAGGCACGCGAGAGGGAGCGGGAAAUGGCCAACGAGAUACAGGAUGGGGACUUGGACGAGGAUGACCUCGGAGGCGAUUUCGAGGGAAUGUAA